GGCGCCUGCGCCGGGGAUUUGCGCGUCUUUUCCUCUCAUGCGCGGUAUUUGCUUUCCGAGCGAGGCCCGGGGUUUGGCCUAGAGCCGGUGGUGCGGCGGCGGCGCGAUAAAAAAGCGGGCGGCCUCUUCCCCAUUGCGGAUUCUGGGAGCAGCAGCAGCAGCAGCAGCCCCCUCUCCCACCCCCACCCUCCAGCUGGCGGUUUAGGAUGGCGGAAGACUCGCCCAAGCGGCGCAAGGCCAAUUUCAACGAGGCGGAGACGGAGGUGCUGAUCGAGCAAGUGUUGAAACACGAGCAGGUGCUGUUCGCGGCCGGGCCUGGCCGGGCCUCCCCGGGUCAGAAGCGCAAAGUCUGGGAGCUCAUCCGGCACAAAGUGAACCCGGUGGCCGCUUGCCCUCGCGAGGUGGAGGACCUCAAAAAGCGCUGGCGGGACCUGAAGCGCCGCGAUCGGAGCAAACUCUGCCGCGUCACCCACGGCGCCGGCGGGGUUGCCCCCCACCCGGCCUCGUUCGGCCUCCUGAUGGGCAACGAGGACGCCUCGCCUCCCGACCACCUCCGAUCCUAUACCUCGGGGCUAGCUGCCCCCAACGAGCCUGUGCCCAUCGUCGGGGGCAUCGACACCCUGGACCUGCCCAGAGCCUCCUCCGUGUCGGAUCUGGGAAAUAUUGCUAGGUUGGAACAGAGUUCAGCGUCUCUUGGAUUUACAGAUGAUCCUGGUCCAUCCCAACAAUCGUGUGUGGAGAAAAUAAAUCUAAAAGAAGAAAUAGUGGUGAAAGUAGUGGAACCAGAAGAAAGCUCAGAAGAUAUGGCAGUUGUUCCUCCUAGCCAGGAACAUCUCCCUUUUUUGGGGAUAUCGAAUGGAGGACCUUGUGGAAAAGUAAAAGCCAAAACGAAAACUCAACCCCAGACAGACUCUAAUGAAAUUACAGAAGAAGAUCUCUUACAGAUCCAACGGAAUCAACUGCAUAUCAUUCAGUCUGGGUUUGAUAGCAUCAAUCAUAAUCUUCGGUUGCUACACCAAGGAAUGCAAGAUCUCAACAACAGCCUCAGUGUCAUGACACAUACGUUAGUUGCUAUAAAAAAUGUCUAUGUGAAAAACAAUGCUGGUCCAACUACCUUUUCUACUGUCACUACCCAGACCACCGCAGGAUACCUGAGCCCUGGGUCCCCUUUAGUCGAGGACAGAGUUAGGGUACCGGUGGCUGGGAGUAGCAGCAGAAGCAGCAGCUGCAGCUCCAGCUCUACGUCACAAGAACCAGGCCCUUCAGAAUUUCCUCGGCCUCCGCACAGACCUAUUAAGAAGGAGCAUUCAAAUGGCUGUUACUAUUUCUGUUUUGCAGAUGUGUAAGACUUGAAUACAUGUAAAGCAACUGUGACAUUUGAAUAGCUAUUCUGUACCCUGCUCCGGCACUGCAUCAUGGCUAGCAGAUUUCUCUGGCUAUUUGUUUCUGAUAAUGCUAAAUGUAUGAGAUCUCCAGUAUUCCUAUGUGCAGAAAGCCUGUAUCAUAAGAGGAACAACACUAGCUACAAAUUGAUUCAACUGACUGUGAGGGGCAAUAUAGCAAUAUUUAAUAUUAAAUAAAGGAAAAAUUUUAAAGCUCAGUUCUGUAGGUACAUGUUUACUCAGAAAUAGGUCCUGCUGUACCUGGUCUGGUUAACCUCCAAGUAAGAGUGGCUAGGAUUUACCUGGCUGAUGUCUCAUAUAUCAACUUACUUAGAGGGAAUAAACCCUGACAUCUUGCUAUUUCUAAUGUUGAGUUUAAAACAAAAGAAGAAUGAAGAGAUAGCAGCAACUUUAUUUUUUCUGGUCUAAACAUGUCAUAUAAGACACCUUUUUUUAAUGAUCCAAAUGGUGAAUUGGUUAAAAAAAACUUAUUUUAAAUGAUGCGUAGUACUGCUCCCAUAAGAUAUAAUAUGGAUCUUAUCUGUUCUAGCACCAGAAAUGAAUUGAGGUACUAAACCACCAGCAACGUGCUUGCUAGUUUUUCCUGAUUAUUCCUCCAUUAUUGCUCAUGCCUCACUGUUCAGAAUACAACUUCCCCAUCAAAACACUUCGCAUAAAAUAUGCAGUAAUGGGAAGGUUGCCUUUUGUUGUAUAAUAAAAGGAAAAUUGUCUCCCCCCCCCCCCCAAAAAAAAAAAAAAAAAGCUCAAGAGUAUUUUGGAGAAUUAUUUUCUAGGGGGAAAAAGUCCAUGUAGGAAUAUGUUUGAUUCACCAUGCUGUAAACACUCUCUAAGUUUUGAAAUAUAAUAUUUUAGAUAUGCUUAUCCAGGGCUCAAUAGCCUUUCUUAAGUUAAGGCAGUCCAAAUCACCUGCAAUACAGAUAAUCUUCAACUUAUGAGCACAAGUUGGACCAAAAUUUUCACUGCUAAGCAAGAUGGUGGUUAAGUAAGUUGCACCUGAUUUCUCAACCUUUUUUGCCACAGUUAAGCAAAUC